AAAUGGCAGUUUUGUGAAUAAAAAGAAAAACAAGGGCAAAAAAAAACGAAAGCAAGAAUAACGAGAUAAUCCCCAAGAAGGAAGACUCAGUCUCGAGCAGAGAGGCAGAGGGGAUCGAUAGAGAGAGAGAUGGAGGAGUGUAUGAGGAAACUGGCCUUGUGGCACACGAGAACCUUCAAGCCGGUUAUGACCCACGACGAGCUCGAACCGAUCAUGUCCACCAUGGGCUUCAUCCCCCAGGACCACCAGGAGGACUCUUUAGGUUUCAAAGAGUACGUUUUCCUCUCUUCUCCCACCACCAACCACCCCAGGCCCAGGCUCCCCUAUCCCCACAUCGACGGCCUUCAUAUCACCACCUACCAGGCCUUUAUCGACGCAUUGGCCUUCUUUCUUGAUGUCUCCGAUCUCUUCCAUGUCAGGGGAAUGCCGCUUCAACGUGUCAAGGAUAAAAACAGAAAAUGGCGUCGCAUGGAAGAUGAUGAUACUGCUGUGUUUGUGUACAGAGAUGGAACCAUAAUGGACAAGUCGAGCAGCCACAACUUGAGCAGAGAAGAGUCGUCAUCAUACACACAUGUUCUCAUCCACCAUAUACCCCUACCUCAUUGCACUCUUCUUCCCCUUAAGGACAUCACUGUUUGGGUUUGAUUGAUUUUUUUUAGCCUCUUAUAUUAGAAUAAUACAAAUUUCUUCUUACUAGCUCUUUCCUUUGUCUACUUCUUCUCUCCUUCAUCGGAUUGAAAGUGGGCCGCCAAAUGAGAUGACGGUUGGUGAUCCAGAACUUUCACAAGCCCCCUUACUUGAGUCUCUCUUUAUAUGUCUUAUCUUUUUCUCUUCAACU